AUGUCCAUGACAGAAUAUAAGCUUAAAAGGGAUGCCAGUCGUCCUAAAGUACUCGAUAAAUAUGAAAUUAUUGGAUUCAUUAGUUCUGGUACUUAUGGUCGAGUCUAUAAAGCAAGAUCGAGAAACAAAGAGGAUCCUCGUGAGUUUGCCAUCAAAAAGUUUAAACCAGAUAGAGAAGGAGAUACACAUCAUUAUGUCGGUAUUUCUCAAUCAGCCUGUAGAGAAAUAGCACUUUGUAGAGAAUUAAAACACGAAAAUAUUGUUUCACUAGAAGAGGUCUUGUUGGAAGAUAAGGCUAUUUAUAUGGUAUUUGAAUAUGCAGAGCAUGACUUCUUGCAAAUCAUUCAUUACCAUUUACACACAGAAAGAAAGCCAAUCCAAGAAAUCGUGAUCAAGUCAGUACUGUGGCAAUUGAUUAAUGGUGUUGCUUAUUUGCAUUCAAAUUGGGUGUUGCAUCGAGACUUGAAGCCUGCGAAUGUCCUUUUAACAAGUGAAGGUGUUGUAAAAACCGGUGAUUUAGGUCUUGCGAGAUUGUUUAAUAAGCCAUUACAGCCUUUAUUCAAUGGUGACAAGGUUGUUGUCACCAUUUGGUAUCGUGCUCCUGAAUUAUUGUUUGGCUCAAGGCAUUAUACAAAAGCCAUUGAUAUGUGGGCAGUAGGUUGUAUUUUUGGAGAAUUACUAGCUUUGAAGCCGAUUUUCAAAGGUGAAGAGGCAAAGAUGGAUGGCAAAAAGAAUGUACCCUUUCAGCGAAGUCAACUAAGCAAGAUAUUUGAGAUCAUGGGCACACCUACAAAGGAACGAUGGCCUACGAUAGACCAAUUGCCUGAUUUUCAUCAUUUAAGCUCUUUUCCUCAACUAAAACAAGUAUACAAUGAUAUGCCAUGUAUAAAAACAGAAGCAGGAUUCAAUCUGUUAUCAGCACUGCUAGAAUAUGAUCCAUUGAAACGCAUCACUGCAGAAAAAGCACUAAACCAUCCUUAUUUCCAAGAAGAUCCUAAACCUGUCAUGAAUGUACUUGCACAACAAAACAUUGAGUAUCCUUUGCGUCGUAUUACGCAGGAAGACAACGAUAUCAAGUCGUCUAAAACAGGAGCACCUCAGUCGCAACAACUUAAAGAAGAUCAUUUAGCCAGAAUGGCAAAGAAACCAAGAAAUGCUUGA